GUGCCCGUGCUGUUAAGCGCGUACAGAAUUUAAUUGUUGAUCCAAUCCGUCCGUAAACAAACAAAAUAAAUAAUGGGUAAUCACAAGGUCCUGCGAUCGGCGGGCAACAAUCUGCGCUACUCGAUGUACGAGUUCAUUGAGGCGGUACACAAACGCUCGAUUAUUUGGGAGAGGAAGCACCCAAAUUUCCACAACCGGGAACUAAGGGAUCAGGCCUGGCAGCAAAUUGGACAGGAACUAUGCUCAAACUUUGCGGCCUCCAGUGAGCCGGAGAAGCAGGAAAUCGUGAAGACCCUGCUCAAACGGUGGAAAAAUACUAGGGACAGCUAUUUGCGGGUGAACCGGCUGCGCCAAAGCGGGGAGGAGGCGGCUAGGGCCUCCUACAUCUACGAAAAGGAGCUCAGCUUCCUUUUGGACGUGAAAGCAGAGACGGAGGACGAGGAGGAGCCGCUGAAGGAGGAUCCCAAGCCGCAGGCCAAACGAAAACGCUUGUGCGCCGUCCAGAGAACUGCAAAAACCCCUAAGCGAAGAAACUUCGGGCAGGAAACGACUCCAGAACCUGCCCUCGAUAGCCCAACAAUUCAGGACAGCCUGCAAUCGGUUCUGGGAGAUCUGACAUACACCAGGGAAGAUACAGCGCCACCGGAAAUUGUCUCCCUCCCACAGUGUGUCGAUCCACCCUGCAGUACAAAUACCGCCCCGGCAUCCGUAACUGCUGAUCCCGACCAGGCUUUCUUCGACACCAUUAAGCCCCAUAUGCAACGGAUGUGCCCCGACCGCAAGCUCGACUUUCAAAUCGAGGUUUUAAAAAUACUGCGGAAUUUCAAACCAAAUUGAGAAAUAAUAAUUAUGGUUGUCAAAUUUGGGUUUUGCAUUUAUAUUACGAGUGGCUGUAGGUAACAUCAUGUUAACACGGCCAAUAGGAGAAUAAACCAUCGUUAUCGUUCAUCGGUUUAAUAAACAAGGCGGGAAAAUCAAAAUAUAUUUUUUAACAUACACACAAAAUAAAAAUGAUUCGUUCAUUAAUUGCUGUGCCUUUAAUGCUAAGAGUUUAUUAGUUUCAUUUUGAACCUUUGUUGUGAUAAGUACUGAUAAGUCAGUGACUAUUUGAUUAUAUAGAAAAAUAAAAUAUUUAAUUUUAUAAUAUUUGCGCACAAUAAGUGUUCAGGGCGUUCCAAUUAAGUACGUAUGGCAAUAAUAAAAUGUUUAUUACCAUUGUAAAAUUCGAAUCAAUUUGUUUUUAUUUUUAAAAUUGAGUGCAUCUGCAGCACGCGGUUUUAGAUACGAGUACAUAUGUAUACUAGAAUAAGAAUCCCUUACCAAUUCUUUGUUCUGCUCCUCACCAUUUCUCAAGCUUAGAAUUAUCCCUUUUUUAGUCCGGAUCUUGUCCCAAUACAUAUUUAUCGCCUGCAGCGAAAUUUUAGUAUAAACAUAAACUGUCAAAAAGAUACAUAAGCCAUCGGAUGGCCUGUGGUCCAAAGCGGUUCGACCAGUUUCGGUUGAUGUUGAUAAAAAAGAGCUUAAACCUGUAUUCAUACAGCUUGUCCCUCUUAUGCCAAUCGAGUUUCCAUUAUGUAUACAGAUUUCUUCAUGGUUUUUGCUCAACACAAAGGUAAAUUUAUGGGUUGUACGCGUGUAUUUAUAAGUCGAUACUUCAGACGACACCCCUAAAAGCAGAAAAGAAAUCGCUGAAAACCGUUAAGGAAGCCGUAAGGGUAACUCAGAGAUUUGAAUUCGGUGUCGAUUUCAAGCGUUCCACUCUGUUGGAAGUUCCCGAGGAACCUCCUAUGGGGGGUAUGAAAUCGUUACCCCGAAAACCCGCCCCCAACUCCACACAACAAAUGUUAUUCGUAACGUCGUCUCGAUGAAUAUGUUUUUUCUCAAAGUCCCCCAUCCCGUUUCCCACUUAACUGCAUAUGGUUUUUGGUAGUGGUUGUUUCGGGUUUCGGAAAUUUUGGUCUCUGAUCGGGACCCUACCCUCCACUUCACCCAUUAGCAACGGCUCUGGCAGCUGUUGUUCGCUAUUAAAUUCUCCCUUAGAUCCUCGGAUCGGACUACCUGCAUCUGCUGAAUGGAAGAGCGGGCAAAUGCACUAAAAAAAAAAAUC